CCCGUGCAAAUUAGUGGAAGCCUCUUCUCAACUCCGAAAACCUAACUUACCCUCCAAAUAUAUAUUCUUCCCUUUUCUUCAUUAGCUCAAAUAUACGCUCAAAGGUUCAAAUCAUGGCUGUUCCCACUUUUUUCCAAAUAAGAAACUUUAACGACUUGCUUAAUCCAACGCAAACGAUUUCCAAGCCUAAUAAGAGAGUAUGUAUUUGCAAAUGCGAUGUUGUGGUUUCAAAGAAUAAUCUACCAAUUUUGGUCACGUACUCCAAACAUCAUAAUUGGGAAAUACAUAAUAAUGAUUCAUCUGUCGUCAAAAUCUCGACGAGAGCGAGGAAGUCGAUAGGAGGGUUGAAAGCAUUAUUGCAACAUGUGAGAUGUAGUAAUGGUUUGAAUUUUGAGUACUCAAAAGUAUUAGAAAAAUUAAGUCAGGUUUGGAAGUGUACUACCAAUGAGAAACAAUUGAGAUCAUUGGGUUCUUAUUUUGGAAGGCUUCAAGGUCUUGGGGAUAAGAAAAAUUUAGAUUCUUUAGAGAAGAUGAAAGUUCUUGAUACAGGUCAGUUCAAAGCAAAGAAGGAGCUUCAAUUGCUUGAUGCUUAUUUUCAAAAAGUUGAUAAAGAUACAGAUUUGCACAAACAUCCUCUAUCUAGUUUUGAUGAUCAACAAGAAGGCAAAUUGGUGUUCACAACAUCUCCUUUCGAAGAUUAUGUUAAAGAUGACGACAAGUCGCAAAUACAACACGUGAAACUGAGCGGUAUGACUCACAAAAGCAUGCCAGACACAACUCAACUACAAGAAGAAGAAGUUUGUGAUCUCUAUUUGAUGUUGCUUUUGGAAAUAUAUAUAUGCAGAAGCGCUUUGGUAUCCAUAAAUAUAGCAGUUUUCUUAUUUGAAAUAGCAAGUCCAGUAAAAAACUCGGAACUACAACUCUUUUCACUUCCUUCUCUGUAUGGAGCAAAGAUCAAUGAGCUGAUCCUAGUAGGAGAAUGGUGGAGGCUUGUUACACCUAUGUUUCUGCAUUCAGGGGUUCUUCAUGUUGCUCUCAGUUGUUGGACACUUCUUACAUUUGGCCGCCAAGUUUGUAGAAAAUAUGGUCCUUUUACAUUUUUCUUGAUCUAUGUCUUAGGAGGAGUUUCUGGUAAUCUCAAGCAUACUCCUAAUCCAACUGUGGGUGGGACGGGGCCAGUGUUUGCAAUGAUUGGAGCUUGGCUUAGUUACCAAUUCCAGAACAAAGAUGUUGUGACAAAGGAUGUUUCAGACAAGAUGUUUUUGAAAGCAUUAGUUGCAGCUGUCAUAAGUUCCAUUUUAAGCAAUAUUGGUCCCAUUGAUGAAUGGACUCACACAGGAGCAGCUUUUAGUGGGAUGUUAUAUGGGUUUCUAACAUCCCCACUUGGGAAGGUCAAUGAUGCUUCUUCUUCAUCAAGAAGAGGCCAAGAAAAGGGAAUAAAGGUCGUUAGGAAAUAUGCUAAUCCUUGCAAAUCAUUUGCUUUUUUUGUUCUUUUCAUUAUGGGAUUCAUAAGUUUGGUGUUCUUUGUUCAACCUCCCUUCCACCACUUCGGACUUUUGAGUGUUAUUCAUUUUUAAUUUAAUUUAGUUGCGGUUUAUUGAGAAGAAAAUAUUGUAUGUAUUGUCAAAAUAUUAUAUGUCUCUCUAGAGUGUGGUUUGCAAGGGCUUGAUAUACAGUCAAAAGUUCCAUAUGCCUCUCAUUUAAGUUUUAAUUUACAAUUUUGUCUCACUUUUACCUAA